GCCAAUCGGCGGUGGAAGGCAGAAUUGUCCCCGUGGCCGCCAUUAAAGAAAGGAAUCCAUGAAUUCAAAUGCAAACCAACAGGAGCCCAGACAGAAAUCAUGAUCGUAAUCAUUGUUCAAAUCGCGGCUGAUGCCAUUUUCAGCGGCUUUCACCGGGAUGCAUUUCGCUUUUAGAAUGAAUUUUGCCGAGGAGGAGUGCGACGGAAUAUUUAGUAUUUUUUUAAGCUGAGACCGUUUUCAGGGCUAAGGGGGAGGGGGAGAGUUGCUUGUUUGCUCUCCUUUUCUUUUUGUUUUAGGAACAUUGUUGCCUCCUGGAAAUGGAUUGAACUUGGGAUGCUUUCGAGAUGUCGCCCUGAACACCGCCGUAACCUGUUUUGUCCGCUUUUUGAAAGCCGGCGGGUCAACUGCAAUCGGAAGCGCGUUAAAUGAACUCUCCUGCGGCCAAAUGUUGCAACAAUUAUUAUUCGCUGAUCAAGCCUGAACAUCUCAGAAAAGACAAAUCGGAACAGUGCCCUUUUAUUUCCCUGGAAGUGAAAUGAUGGCGAGUCGGCGCUCGGAGUGAAGAAGGAUGAGUUCUUGUUUUGUACCAAACGGGGCCAGCUUGGAGGAUUGCCAUUCCAAUCUAUUCUGUCUGGCGGACUUGACAGGAAUCAAAUGGAAGAGGUUUGUGUGGCAGGGUCCCACCUCUGCACCCAUCCUGUUCCCGGUGACGGAGGAGGAUCCCAUCCUGUGCAGCUUCAGCCGCUGUCUCAAGGCCGACGUGCUGAGUGUAUGGCGACGCAGCCAGCGCCAGGGUCGGCGGGAAAUUUGGCUGUUCUGGUGGGGGGAUGACCCGAACUUUGCUGAUCUCAUCCACCCUGAGCUUGCUGCUGAGGAUGAUGGACUCUGGGAGAACGGUCUUUCCUACGAGUGCCGUACGCUGCUGUUCAAAGCCAUCCACAACCUGCUGGAACGCUGCCUCAUGAAUCGCAGCUUUGUGCGCAUCGGCAAGUGGUUUGUCAAGCCCUAUGAGAAGGAUGAGAAGCACAUCAACAAGAGCGAGCACCUAUCUUGCGCCUUCACGUUCUUCUUGCACGGCGAGAGCAACGUAUGUACCAGUGUGGAGAUCAACCAGCACCAGCCCGUCUACCAUCUGACCGAGGAGCAUCUCAGUCUGGCUCAGCAGGCAUCAAGCCCCUUCCAAGUCAUCCUGAGUCCUUUUGGGCUGAAUGGAACUCUGACCGGCCAGUCGUUCAAGAUGUCCGACCCACCCACCCAGAAGCUGAUUGAGGACUGGAACCAGUUUUAUCCCAUCAGUCCUGGUGCUAAGGAUGGUUUGUUCGAGGACAAGGUGGAAGACAUGGAUUGGGAAGAUGAUUCUCUGACCUCCGUAGAGGUCCUCGUUGGUGGUGUGCGAAUGGUGUACCCAGCCUGCCUCGUGCUGGUGCCCCAGUCUGACAUCCCCGUUGUGGCCCCUGUGGGGCCCUCCCACUGUACUGCCGUCUGUUCGGGUGGUCCCCAAGUGCCUGCAUCCCUGCGAGAGCCUGCCAUGUCAUCGGUGACCCUCACCCCUCCCACUUCGCCUGAGGAGGUGCAGACAGUGGACUCUCACUCUGCCCAGAAGUGGUUCAAGAUGCCUUCUUCGUGUGACACGUUCAGUGCGGACAGAUCGGGCCACCAUGGAGGCAAGAUUCCACGCCGGCUUGCCCGUCAGGUUGUGGAGCGUGUCUGGCAGGAGUGUAAUAUCAACCGAGCCCAGAACAAGCGGAAGUACUCAGCUGCAACCAAUGGUACCUGUGAGGAGGACCGGACAGAGAGAGUGGGAACCUGGGAUUUUGUUGAGCCUUCUGAGAGGUCGUACUGCAGCUGCUCUAGACAUAAAUCAGUGAAGCAGCGAACAGGCGGAAAUGUGGGCCAAGCUCAGUCAGUGGGCCAGGCCUCCCAGACUCCUACCAAGCAUAAGCCUGGAGGAGAGAAGCCAGACAAGAGUGACAAGCAGCAGAAAAGACCCCAGACACCUUUCCAUCAUCGAAACCUGACAAGCGAAGACACCUCAAUGGAGACUGAGGCACGGGCCGGCCAAAGACUUGCAAUGAGGAGUCAGGAUGGAGGAAGAUUCUCUAGUAUACGGUCAACGCAUGUGUCCACCAUCCAAAAAACACCUCAGCUCAACAGUGAGGUGGUUAGCGCAGGUGGGCCGUCAGACCUCGCCAACUCCCCCCAACCCCCACCACUUAGCCCCCACCCAUGCGAGAGUGGUGAAGAUCUCAGGGAGGGUUUGAAGAACCCUUCCACUCCCAACAACCAACACUUUUACCAGCCUCCUCUGGAGCCAUGCCUGGGUGGGUCAAAGGGUGGCAACGAGGAGCCUGCAGGCCCGGAGGGUCUGACCCAGCACUUCUCUUCGCACCACCCUCACUCUUCAGUCUCUGGUUUUUCAGAACCGCCCGAACUCACUGUGUACACAGGUGCCGGGGUCCACCUAGAAGAUGAUAGCAAUCACUCACCAUGGAGGUUGUUCAACCUACCCCGCAGGAAAGAAGCAGAGCUGCCCACACCAGUGCUACCGGGGGAAAAGUUUAGGGACGAUGGGUUAGCCUCGCAGGACAACCUUGUGUCUGUGACCGAGGUGAUGUCCACAUCCAAAUUCCCACUGAAGGUUUCUGAUGAGCGUGUUCAGAUGUAUCGGGUCAGGAAAAGCCAGUACCUGGCUAGUGCGAUCACUGACGGAGAUCACGAGCCUGAGGUGGACCCUUACGCCUUUGAGGAGGGAGAUGUGAAAUUCACAUUUUCCAACAAAAAGGAGAAGGCAGGCGGGGAGCGUGAUCCAGGCAAGAAACAUAAGGGUGAAGAUGGAGGAUCUGGUACAUCGGAUGAUCCUCAGCGGGCAGCCGCUAACAACCGCAUUGCCUCCACAAGCUUGAUCCACGAGACCGACCUGGUGGUUUCCAUCAACGACCUUGACAACCUCUUCAACUCGGAUGAAGAUGAACUGGGGCCCGGUUCCAGACGGCCGGUAAAUGGAACAGAUGAGAAAUUUGGCAACAAGGAACCAAAGCCAUCCACUUUGGACCCAGUAUCCUGCAUUAGCUCGGCAGACCUGCACCAGAUGUUUCCCACGCCUCCCUCCCUUGAGCAGCACAUUAUGGGCUACUCACCCAUGAACAUGUGUAGCAAAGAGUACGGCAGCAUGGAGCCCCCUCCUGGUAUGACCGCACUGGAUGGAACGUCGUCUCUGGGGGGUCACUUUAAGAUCGAGGUGGAGGAGAGUUUCUGUAGCCCAAAGCCGUCCGAGAUCAAGGACUAUUCAUUUGUAUACAAGCCAGAGCUUUGCCAGCCAUUUGUGGGCUGCUCUAUGUUUGCACCAUUAAAGUCAUUACCCAGCCAGUGUCUCCCACCUAUUAAACUACCAGAGGAUUCCAUCUACAGACCAAGCUGGACCAUGGGCAGGGAGAUGCUCAAUCCCAUGCCUGUCAUGUCCAUCCUCAACAAAGACGGUAAUAUCCCAAGUGUGGGAAGCACUAUGGACCAGGACUACAACCAGACCUACACCCCGCAAACUCACACACCCUUCAUGUCCAACAGCGCUCCACCAAGUAACAGUGGCACUGGCAUCCUGCCUUCCCCCGCCACCCCACGUUUUUCAGCCCCUACCCCACGUACACCACGCACUCCACGCACACCUCGAGGCCCCUCCAGCGUUCAGGGCUCUCUCAAGUAUGAGAACUCGGACCUGUACUCACCAGCCUCCACCCCCUCUACUUGCCGUCCGCUAAACUCAGUGGAACCGGCCACUGUUCCUUCCAUCCCAGAAGCUCAUAGCCUCUACGUCACUCUCAUUCUCUCUGAAACAGUCAUGAACCUCUUCAAGGACUGUAACUUUGACAGCUGCUGCAUCUGCGUAUGUAACAUGAACAUCAAAGGAGCAGACGUCGGCGUGUACCUCAGUGACCCCAUCAGCGAGGCCCAGGAAGCCUGCAGCUGUGGGUUCAGUGCUGUGGUCAACAGGCGGUACGGCAAUGGCUCAGGCCUCUUCCUAGAGGACGAGCUGGAUAUCAUCGGCCGUGGUUCCGACAUCAGUCGCGAGGCAGAGAGGCGUUUUGAGGAGCUCCGGCUCUCCUCGCUGGACAGAACCGGCAUUGGGAGGGGAGACGGUGUCCCGGAUGAACUGAUUCUGCUACUGCAGGAUCAGUGUACCAACCCUUUUUCACCUAUUUCAGGCCUGGAUGACAUAGUAACACGUGGAGUGAAGGGCGGCCCUGUGCCGCCCUGCGUUAGGGUAGAGGAGAGGGAUUUUCACAGUGACUGCUACAUGGCCCUGGAGCACGGCAGGCAGUUCAUGGACAACAUGUCUGGUGGAAAGGUGGACGAGGCGCUGGUGAAAAGCACUUGUCUACAUCACUGGUCUAGACAAAAUGCAGUGGACGUAAGUGCGCUGUGCUCUCAGGAUGUGCUCCGAGUGUUGAUGUCCCUUCAGCCUGUACUCCAAGAUGCCAUCCAGAAGAAAAGGACUGUGCGGUCGUGGGGUGUUCAGGGCCCACUUACCUGGCAGCAGUUUCACAAGAUGGCUGGACGGGGCUCAUACGGCACAGAUGAGUCCCCUGAGCCACUACCCAUCCCCACCUUCCUAGUGGGUUAUGAGUAUGACUUUGUGGUGCUGUCUCCAUUUGGCUUACCCUACUGGGAGAAGCUGUUGCUUGAUCCCUUUGGCACCCAGCGGGACGUCGGGUAUUUGGUGGUAUGUCCUGACAACGAGGCUCUGCUCAGUGGUGCGAAGAGCCUCUUUAGGGACCUCACAGCUGUCUAUGAGUCGUGUCGACUUGGGAAGCAUCGGCCCAUAUCCAAAGGCUAUCCUGAUGGCAUAGUCCUCGUCGGUGGCAGUGGACCCAAAAGCCUUGUGGAUCAGCCAGUUAGCGACUGGUUCCUCAAGGCUGCCAGCAGCAACAACGACGCCUUCACUAAGCUCAAACUCUAUGCACAAGUGUGCCGCCACAACCUCGCGCCAUACCUCUCAUCACAACCCUUGGAUAGUUCUCUCCUCACGCAACCCAGUCCCCCAUCGUUAUCCAACCAGCCAUUAUCUACACCUCUGAUGGGAUCUGCCUCCAGCUCAGCUGCCCAGCAGGGUGCAAUGCACAGCUCCUCGGUCCCCAACAGCAAUGGCGCCUCUGUGUCAUCCAACAGCCUGGUGACAUCAUCUGGACAGCCUGGCAGCGGGAUGCAGUCUGCUAAGGCAAGCUCCUUUACCCCCUUCGGAAGCAUGGUCAGCCAAAGCCAGGGAGGUGGCCCUCAGAGUGGACAGCUGGGACAGCAGGCUGGAACCCAGAAUACUAGCACCUCUGGGGACAACUCAAACAGCCAGAGCCCCACAGAGCCCCCAGAAAGCACUUUGGACCGUGAGAAGGUUGGCGUGCCCACAGAUGGCGACUCCCACGCCAUCACCUAUCCACCCGCCAUUGUUGUUUACAUUGUGGACCCCUUCAGCUAUGAGGAUUCUGACGGUGGCCCGGGGCCAGUGCCAGCCCACUCCAGUGUGUGGACGCUCGGUUUGUUACGCUGCUACCUUGAGAUGCUUCAGUCGCUCCCCGCACAUAUCCGGAAUUCUAUUUUUGUACAGAUUGUCCCCUGCCAGUACCUGCUUCAGCCUGUGAGAGGUGAAGACCGCCAUAUAUAUGUUCAGCACCUCAAGUCUUUGGCCUUCUCCGUCUUCGCUCAGUGCAGACGACCUUUGCCCAUUUCCACCAACGUCAAGUCGCUGACGGGCUUUGGCCCGGGUUUAGCCAUCGAUACAGCUCUUAAAAGCUCAGAGAGACCCGAGUGUGUGCGUCUGUACACACCUCCAUUCAUCCUUGCACCAGUUAAAGACAAGCAGACUGAGCUUGGGGAGGCUUUUGGGGAGGCGUCACAGCAAUACAACGUGCUGUUUGUAGGAUACUGUCUCUCCCAUGACCAGCGCUGGCUCCUUGCCACAUGCACUGACCAGUAUGGGGAACUCCUGGAGACCUGCAUCAUCAACAUCGAUGUUCCCAACAGGGCCAGGAGGAAAAAGGGCUCCGUUCGGCGCCUUGGCCUGCAAAAGCUGUGGGAUUGGUGCUUGGGACUUGUACAAAUGACAUCGGUACCCUGGAGAGUGGUAAUUGGACGGCUGGGCAGGAUAGGACAUGGAGAGUUGAAAGACUGGAGUAUAUUGCUCAGCAGAAGAAACCUUCAGUCGCUGUGUCGCCGUCUGAAGGAAAUGUGUCGAAUGUGUGGCAUCUCUGCCUCGGAUACCCCCAGCAUCCUUAGUGUGUGCUUAGUUGCCAUGGAGCCCCAGGGCUCCUUCAUCAUAAUGCCAGACUCUGUGUCGACAGGCUCGGUUUUUGGCCGCAGCACCACCUUGAACAUGCAGACGCCGCAGCUGAACACGCCCCAGGACACCUCCUGCACCCACAUCCUAGUCUUCCCCACCUCUGCCUUUGUCCAAGUGGCCAGCUCGAAUUACACCAACAUCGACACCAACAUCGACAUUCUGAAUGCUACCACAGAUGGAUCUGAUGGGAUGGGUAUCUUUGAUCUGCUGGACCCAGAGAACGAGUUGGUGGAUCCCGACAUCAUCAACAUCUCGCCCAAUACUUCUCCAGUGCAUUCCCCAGGAUCCCAUUACCACCAUGGAGGUGAUGACAGUAAGGGCCAGAGUGCAGACCGCAUGGAGUCUCGCGAGGAGGUGCCAAACCUCCUGCAGCAACCGCUUGCUCUCGGCUACUUUGUGUCUACGGCGAAAGCUGGCCCACUGCCUGACUGGUUCUGGUCAGCCUGUCCACAGGCUCAGAACCAGUGUCCACUCUUCCUCAAGGCCUCGUUACACCUCCACGUGUCUUCAGUGCAGUCAGAUGAGCUACUGCACAGCAAACACUCCCACCCUCUUGACUCCAAUCAGACCUCAGACGUACUCAGAUUUGUGCUGGAGCAGUACAACGCCCUCUCCUGGCUGACAUGUGACCCGGCGACACAGGACCGACGAUCAUGCCUGCCCAUUCACUUUGUGGUGCUGAACCAGAUGUACAACUACAUCACGAACAUGUUGUAGCCGCUCGCAGGAAAGACAUUUGAAGAAGAGACGUGCAAACCGUUGUCGUCACACCCGACCGGAGCGCAGCGUUGCAUCGCAUUCCGAGAUUGGUUUUGAUGAUUGUCCACUUGGUUCAGAGACGUGCAGAUGCGGGAAUAAAUCGAGAUGAUAAGGAGACCAGAGUAAAUGAACGUGAGCGAGUGACGGAUUGGCUGUCAUGUUGCUUUCUAACAUGACAGCACACCGGCCAGUCUGUAUUUGGAAAGAUGUCUUAUCUGCAAAAAAAGAUAAAGGGACGUAUUUGAUCAAGGAAAUACAGUUUAGAAUGGAGUUUUGGUUUUAUAACCCAAAAUUGCUUUUUAUUCCUUUGGAUGAAGUUGGAUCCAAAUGAAAAGCCUGCAUCUAUCUUAUUUAUUGUAAGUUUUUAAAUGUAUUAUUUCUUAACCUCUUUUAUAAAUACAUAUAUAAAUGGAGAAGGUUUAUACCACCUUCUUGCUUCAAAGCAAUUGGUCUAAGAUAUAUGUAAUCAUCUUACUUAAAAACAGAGAAACUAUUGCAGAAAAAGGAAAGAAAGUUCGAGUCGGUUGCUUUCAGAGUAUUAUUUUUUUGUAAUGGAGAAGAAGACUAUUUGUAUUGUCACAAUGUACAGAAGAAGUGGAGAAUUAUGACUUGCAGCGAAGCUGUAGUUACAUAGGAAUUGUACAGCAGUGAACUUCACUGUGUUCUAAUAAAAGAGGUACAUUGUUGUAUAUAGUAUUUUAUACCACACAUUUAGACAAAAACCAAACUGAAAUCUGAAUAGAUAAUUAUAUAUAUGAAUGCCAUGCCAGCAGUUGAUGCUGUGGCUUCUGUUUUAGGAAUAAAAUGUGUCAACAUA